AUGUCGUACGGCGGACACGACCCGAAAGGGUACGGAGUCGAGGACCUCGUGCUUCUCUCCACAAUCGACCUGAAGAGUGUGGUUCUGAACUUGCAGUUGAGGUGGGUUAUUAUCCGGUUGUAUAACGGGACCUCGUCUCACUUUCUCGGUUUCGCGAUCUUUUACUGUCAAACAACAGAGGAGGGGGGAAGUCAUUUGAAUUUCGGACGAAAACACUGAUUUAUUUAUUGGUUGGCGCCCCGCCCGGUUAAGAUCGGGACAAAGAGGGGAAGGAAGCAGAUGUGCGUGACGGAUGGAGAGGUCGGAACGCAUCAGAGAUCGGACGGAGUAUGCUAAGUAGAAGAAAGAUACGGGAGGUCUUCUGAUCCAGGAAUAGUUACAAGUCUAGGAUUUCCUUCAGUUGAUAACGAUUCCAAGCGGAUCAAGCUUUUUGAAGGCUUUUGAGGCCUGAACUUUUUACAGUUUCAAUAUUCCGAUCGUACUCAAACUUUGCAGUAUCUCGGAUCUAAGUUUCAGACCGAUCGGAUUAUCUGGUCCGGAGAUAAACGAUUGUGAGGUGGAGUAGGUUGCAUUUUGCGCAAAAACUUGAUUGUUCAAAAAAUUGUUCCGACGCAAAGCUGAGAAGGUCGAGUGACUCAUGUCCCAUUGGACCUUGCAUACAUGACAUAAUUCUGCGAACUCGCACCAGAGCUCUUCUCCAUCUGCUCACGCCUCAUUAGUCGCGGAGUCUCUCGGUUGGCGUCCACUCUCGUUGCCUCCAGAGACAUAUCUCGUUUGACAAAUCGACUCAUCAAAUCGCAACAUGUUCUCUUCGGUCGGCGGCUUCUACCACCCAACCGCCGUCUCUUCUAAUCCAAUUCGGAGUCGCGAACGAACGCGAAAACUAAAAGCGAGAAAUAAUUUCGAAAUGCGCGAGAAGAAAGGGGACCCCGUGCGACGACGACCGCCCAAUUUCGCAAUAUUCCAUUUCCUCGCUCCGACUCGUACGGAUGAAUCACAGAUUUCGAAAGAAGAGAGAACAAGUAAUAAGGGUGGAAGAGAAACCAAAAAAGAGAAAAGAACGGAGAGUAUGUUUGCCAUUCGAAUUAGGCAGAUAAAGUGUGUAGAAAGUGUUUGCGAAUCGCUUUACGAGACACUCUUCUGGCCUUGAGCGAAGUAUGCAAACGAAGUGGGUUUCAGAUUCCAAAAGGGACGCAUCUACACGUAUAUCGGAGAGGUUCUUGUGGCAGUUAACCCUUACAGACAACUCGGAAUCUAUGAGAAGAACACUGUGGAUCAGUACAAAGUGAGCAGACACUUUCGACGCUCUCCUUUAACUGGUAAUUUAGGGGCGCGAGAUUUACGAACGGGCUCCACACGUCUUCGCAAUUGCGGAUGCCGCCUAUCGUUCGAUGAAGAGGUUCGGAAGGGAUUCGUGCAUUGUCAUCUCGGGAGAGUCGGGAGCCGGAAAGACAGAGACCAGCAAGAUCAUCAUGAGAUACCUGGCAGCAAUCACGAAUGUGCAACAGCAAGGAGAGAUUGAAAGGUGAACUCUGGGAGGGGUCAGAGUAGAAAACGGAAGGUUUGCAGAGUGAAGAACGUACUUCUGAGGUCGAAUUGUAUUCUGGAAGCAUUCGGAUGUGCAAAGACUACGAGAAACGACAACUCGUCGAGAUUCGGAAAGUACAUGCACAUCAACUUUGAUUACGACGGAGAUCCGGUCGGAGGAAACAUCUCCAAUUACCUUCUGGAGAAAGUUAGAACUUAUCAGCCACUGCUAACUUCAUCUGAUUCCUUUUCAGUCUCGAGUGGUCCGUCAGCAGGAAGGAGAGCGGAACUUCCACGUCUUCUACCAGCUGGUGAACGGAGGAGAUGAUGGACUUCUCAGACAGUUCGGAUUGACCAAAGACGCGAAACAGUACUACUUUCUUAAUCAGGGAAAGUCCCACAAGGUGGCGUCUAUCAAUGAUUCUCGGGACUUUGCCGAAGUUCAAACUGCUCUCCGUUCCAUCAACACUUUCGAGAAGCAAGACGUGGAGAGUGUGAGUCCAUCCGUUCAACUUCUGAUGUCAAUACUCUUCUUCUUCUUCUUCAGAUGUGGUCGGUCAUUGCCGCUCUCAUCCAUCUCGGAAACAUCCGUUUCAUAGACGCCAACAAUUCCACUGGAGCUGUUAGCAUAUCCGAGAAGACUGCCCUUCAGAACGCCGCCCGUUGUCUCAACGUGACUCCGGAUGAAUUGGCAAAGAGUUUGUCGUCGCAGGUGGUCGCGGCUCAUGGAGACAUUGUCAAGAAACAGCACGAUGUGAACGCUGCCUAUUAUACGAGAGAUGCUCUCGCCAAAGUAGGUCGAAAUCUUGACUUCAUUCUGAUAUUGUCUCUCUCUCUUUUAGGCUCUUUACGAACGUCUUUUCUCCUGGAUGGUUUCCAAAGUGAACGAGGCGAUCAGCGUGCAGAACAACUCUCGAUACAGCAAGUCCCACGUCAUCGGAGUGCUCGACAUCUAUGGCUUUGAGAUCUUUGGAACUAAUAGGUGAGUUCAAGAGACAUUCGGUCAUAAAAACGAAAUUGAAAUUGGCAGUUUCGAGCAAUUAUGCAUCAACUAUUGCAAUGAGAAACUGCAACAAUUGUUUAUCGAGUUGGUGUUGAAGCAAGAGCAAGAGGAGUACGAAAGAGAGGGAAUUAAAUGGGUCAAGAUAGAAUACUUCAAUAAUAAGGUAUUCUUUGCUCUCUUUCCCGUCACCACAUGCACUCUUCUGAAUUCAGGUGAUCUGCGACCUCGUCGAAGUGCCCAGAACUGGAAUUCUCUCGAUUCUCGAUGAGGCCUGCGCGAGCAUCGGAAACGUCACCGACAAAGUCUUUUUGGGAGAACUCGACAAGAAACUCAAGAACCAUCAGCACUACACGAGCAGAAAUUUGAAGCAGAGCGACAAGUCGAUGGGAUUCGAAGAGUUUAGAAUCACGCAUUACGCAGGGGACGUCACGUAUUCAGUGAUGGGAUUCAUGGACAAGAACAAGGACACGCUGUUCCAGGACCUCAAGAGACUGCUCUAUCACAGCAAGAACCGACUGAUCAAGUCCCUUUUCCCGGAUGGUUCCAAGUCAAUGGCCGAGGUGAACCGCCGUCCUCCGACUGCGGGAUUCCUUUUCAAGAAUUCGAUGAGUGAAUUGGUUAAGCAAUUGGCUCAGAAGGAGCCUCAUUACAUCCGGUGCAUCAAGCCAAACGAAGAGAAGAACUCGAACAUUUUUGAUCUUGAAAGAGUUGAACAUCAGGUCCGUCUGAGCUUUUUCUUGCUUCCUUUACAAAUUCCUUCGUUCAGGUCCGUUAUCUGGGUCUUCUGGAGAACGUGCGUGUUCGUCGUGCCGGUUUUGCGCACAGAAUGCCGUACGACCGAUUCGUAAAUAGGUACAAACUGAUCUGUCCGAAGACGUGGCCCAAUCCGAGAAGAGGCCAACAAGUGAGAGACAGUUGUGUGCAGAUCCUGGAGCACGUCGGAUUGGCUCCGGAUUGUGUGCAGGGAAGGACGAAAGUAUUCAUCCGCAGUCCCCAGACGGUCUUCCGACUCGAAGAGCUCCGCACCGAGCAGUUGCCGUCAGUCGUCACUUUCCUGCAGAAGGUACGUCAUCUGCAACUGACACGAUGCUAAUAACGGACAUGUCCGCAUAGCACUUUCUGUCAUUCUCAAGCAAUGUUUCAAUUUCAGAUGGUCCGUGGAGUGCAGGCUAGAGAGCGGUACCGUAGGAUGAUGGCCGUGAGAAAGAUCAUCGGAGCGUACCGCAGAUACAAACUGAAAUCUUACAUUUGGCAGUUGAUCAACGCUUUCAGGUUGGAGAAUUCAAGAUGGUUAUAGAAGAUUAUAAAUCAGAUUACAGAGAUGUCCGCCGAAAGCCUGACCUCGGAAAGUCGAUCCGAUGGCCGACUCCCCCGUUGGUCCUUGCUCAGUUCGUGACUCGGCUCCGCGUGAUGCACCAGAGAUGGCGGGCCGCCACGAUCCUCUCCCGAAUCCCGCCGCAUCUCCGAGCCAGUCUUCCUCAGAAAAUUGCCGCUUUCGAAGUGUUCCACAACAAAAAAGACAACUGGGGAUACCCGAGAAUGUGGAGAGGAGACUAUCUCUCACAGGUGACUUUCCCUCUGCCACGUGGCAUCAUUGUGUUCUUCAGCAAGACGAGAUGGAUCCUCCGGCUCUCGUUCCCACGUACCACGACGGAAUCCAAGCUCUUCGGCAGAGCCAUCCAUUCGGAAAAGUGCUAUUUUCCACGUACAUUCAGAAGUUCAACAAGUUCAACAAGAGCUCUCUGCGUGUUCUCGUCGUCACCGACCGGUUCGUGGCCAAGUUGGAAACGAAGAAAUUCAAAUUACUCAAAGAGCCGAUUCCACUCCAGACGGUAGGUAACACAUAAACAAGCUCGUAAAUGGCUUAAUGCCUUUUAAUCACAACCCACUGAUUUCUGGUUUUUGCAGAUAUCGCGAAUCUCGGUGAGCGCCGAGUCAAACGGCCUGUUCGUCAUCCAUGUCGGCGAUAACGACAUCGUCGGAUGCGCCAAGAACACGCGGGACGAAGAGAGAGUCGGCGAACUGAUUGGCACUCUUCUCGCCCAUUACGACAAGUACGAAUCGUCUCCAAAUAUUGACACAAUUCUCGGUUUUCUUCAGAAUCACCAUGCGCCGUCCGCCCAUCAUUAUCCAGUCGGCCGUCGUGUGCACUCUCGGAGGAAAGACGCGCACGAUCCGAGUCUUCGACGCCGACAACAACAACGUGCCGCCCGUGUUCAAGAAGAACGGAAACGACGUGGAUCUUAUCUGCCAUCAGCUGACUGCUCAGGUCGCUUGAGGCUUCUCUACCCCGCCGCCGCCGCUUCUUUUCUGAUAUUUGCCAGUUUGAUACACACGGUUAGCAGCCUCCCCGCCCACUUCGUUCUUCACUUCCUCUUCCCUCUUCACUUCUUCAGCACCUCGCCCCCAAAAGUGACAUUUUCUAGUCUCCGUUGCUCAUUUUAUUUAAUCCUUUUCAAUCUAAUAAAUCCGUAAAUUCAUGAUGUUCUUCUCGUCUUUAUUGACGUCAGAAUCCCGACGGAUUCGUAUUCGGAGUCGAACAAACAGCACAGGUCAUGCAAUUUCCGGCCGCUUCUUCCAACCCACCCACUUUCUAAUUAGCCGUGUCCCUCUAUUUCUCCCUUCUUCUUCUUCUUUUCCUUCUGAUCGUCAUGCGCCUUGACCGAUUCAAUUAUCUCUUGGCUCGCGGAGCUCCGAGAGCCCCCGGGACGCUCCGCCCCCGGUCGAGUUCAUUUCCAGCUCUUUCCUUCCGACGACGCGUUCAUUCAGAUGGCUUCUUCACGCUUUCUUCUGAUCUUUGUUAUGGUUGGAGCGACCGCGACUGCCACGUGGCCAAAUCCAGAAGGUAGGAGAAGAUUAAAAAGCUUCUAGUUUUGUAAAUUUCCGUUGCUUUCUCUUUUCGCAGAAAUCACGACUUCCAGGUGAAAAACUGAAAUGCAACCGCAUAAUUUUCUAUGAAUUCUAAAGAACUUGACAUUUUCCUUCCCUUUCAUUAUUAAAUUCUGACCUCCCUUCGUACGCAUUCUUCACUAAAACCAAUUUGGAAUUCUGUUCGCAGCUCGAACGUCGUCGUCUAGUGCUCCCCGCUCACCGACAAUAACAUAAUAAUGACUAUCCAUUCCCGUUCCUUCAGAGACUGGAUGCUCGUCCGGAGACGGAUGCGAGGAGGAACCGAACAACAAGUUCGCGCUGCUUUUCCAGCAAAUGUUGGCCAGGCAGAGAGGUGAAGAGCGAAUAAGUAAUCAGAGUGAAAGGAGGGGAAACGUUUUUAGAGACCAACACGGACUGCCAGCUUAUCGAGGACUGUCCCGAGGGAUUCGAAUGUCUGGGAGGCAAGUGCCGAUCCGCCGGACCGAGAAGAAACAAAAUGAUUAACCUGUACAGCAGAUGGUGA